AUGUAUUCGAACUCGAACGCUUUCCUGGGCGGCAACAGCCAGCGGCCCGGCGCGCAGCAAUAUGGAAGCUCCUUCGGCAUGGGAGGCCAGCAGCCGGGACAGCAGCAGCAGCAGCCGAGUCCGUUUGCUCCUCAGCCCACGGGUUUCGGCCAGGCGCCGCUCCAGCAGCAAUACACCGGCUACCCGGGCAUGGCACAGCAGCAGCAGCCUCAGCCCACGGGCUUCGGCCAAGGUCUCCAACCUCAGCCGACCGGCUUUGGUCAGGGGCUUCAACCUCAGCAGACUGGCUUCGGCCAGCCCCAGCCGCAGCAGAGCUACCAGACCGGCGCGCCGCCGAUGCCCUCGAUCCCCCCGCAGUUCCAGUCUCAGUUCCAGCAGCAGCAACAUCAGCAACAACAACAACCCCAGCAGACUGGAUUCCCCGGUGCCCAGCAGCAGCAGCCUCAACAGACGGGCUUUCCACAGCCGCAGCAACCUCAGCAGACGGGCUUCCCGGGACUGCAACAGCCUCAGCAGACGGGCUUUCCCCAGGCUCAGCAGCAACAGCCGCAGCAGACUUCGGCGCCGUCUCCGGCUCCUAUCAAGCCGCAGGCCACGGGCUUCAGCCAGAUGGCCGCGUCUUUCCAGACUGGAGGUACACCAAAGCCUGCGGGCAGACGUCCAAAGUCGUCCUCCAGCAAGAUCCCCAACAUCCGGCUGUCUUUCAUCACUGCUCAGGACCAGUCUAAGUUCGAGACGCUCUUCAAGUCCGCGGUUGGCGAUGGCUCAGAGACCGUCAUGUCCGGAGACAAGGCGAGAGACCUGUUGUUGAGAUCGCGACUGGACGGCGAUUCUCUCUCACACAUUUGGACUCUGGCCGAUACGACUCGAUCCGGACAACUGCACUUCCCUGAGUUUGCCCUGGCGAUGUACCUGUGCAACCUGAAGCUUACCGGAAAGUCGCUGCCUUCCUCGCUGCCCGACAACAUCAAGAACGAAGUCUCGAGCAUGGUGGACAUCAUCAGUUUCAACAUUGCCGAGGAUGCGGGUCGCGCCACCCCCGGAAGCACGAACACGGGCAGAUCGAGUACAGAACCUACGAUUCAUCAGCCCCAGCCUCAGGCCUCCAACUCCCAGCUAUUGCAGGCGCAGAUGACUGGAUUCCCUGGGCAACAGCAGCCUCAACCGACUGGCUUUGGGCAGCUCCAGGCCCAGCAGACUGGGUUCCCCGGCAUGAACCCCCAACCAACCGGAUACACGGGUCCGCGCCCACCGAUGCCGCCGAUGCCGACUGGGUAUGGCAACAGCCUGACUCCUGGCGGAGGACCGAUGGCUGCGCCCCUGAAUGCCCAGCCGACUGGCAGACCCGGCCAGUGGGGUCUGGUCAACACGCCCGCGACUGGCCUGCCAAACAUUGAUCUCCUCCAGGCUAGAAUGAUGCCUCAGUCGGGCCGGGAGGCGGGCAAUUACACCACCCAGGGUCUCCAGGGUAAUGCGGUCAUUCCCUGGGCCAUCACCAAGGACGAGAAGCAGCGUUACGAUGCCCUUUUCAAGGCGUGGGACGGUCUCCACAAGGGCUUCAUCGGCGGCGAUCAAGCCAUUGAGAUCUUUGGGCAGAGUGGCCUGGAGAAGCCAGACCUCGAGCGCGUCUGGACUCUGGCAGAUAAUGGCAACAAGGGUCGCUUGAACCUGGACGAGUUUGCGGUCGCUAUGCAUUUGAUCUACCGUAAGCUCAACGGCUACCCCCUGCCUAACCAGCUGCCGCCUGAGCUUGUCCCUCCCUCUACGAGAAACAUCAACGAGUCCAUCGGCACCAUCAGGUCCAUGCUGAGCCAGGAGUCCGAGUUCCGCAACAAGUCCGGCGCUGCUCUCCUGCCCCAGAAGACUGGAGUCAGUUACAUGAAGAGCCACUCGCUCAGAGGCACGCCCGGCGGCCACAACAACGGCCGCAAGGAUGCGACGGUGUUCAAGAACAACGACGAUCAGGUCGGCUAUAAGUCUUCCGCUCGCCGUCGUGUCGGCAACAACUCGCCGCGGCCCGAGUCUCCGGCCCCUUCGUCUGCCUAUGACGACUUGAGUCUCGACCAGCUUAGAAAGAAGAUUCGGGAGAAGGAGGUGCUCAUUGACGCGAUGGACUUUGCUGACGAGAAGAGUCUGGAAGAAGAUGAUAUGCUUGACAGGCGUGACCGUCGCGAGGCCGAGGAGCUGUACCGCCGUAUUCGCCGGGUCCAGGACGACAUCGACUCGCAUCCCGACGCCGCUCUCGCCUCGGGAGACUCAGAUGCCGAGAGACGUGCGCUCAAGCGCCAGCUCCAGACUCUCCAAGAUAAGGUCCCUGAGCUGGCUUCGGCGGUGCGCAAGACGGAGAAGGCGAUUGCGGACGCCAGGCUCGAGCUCUUCAGGCUCAAGGACGCCAAGGCUCACCCCAACAGCGCUGCUCCCAUCGUCGGAACCGGACCUGGCGGUGCUGUCACAGAGUCUGACAGACUUAAGGCUAGGGCCAAGGCUAUGAUGCAGCAGCGCACGGCCGCCCUGACCGGUAAGAAGGUCGAAUCCAGCUUCGACGACGAGGGUCCCAAGCGCCUCGAGGAGGAGAACUUCAAGAUCAAGACCGAGAAGGAGAACAACGAGAGCAUGGUCAGGGAUGUUGAGGAUUCUGUGCGUGACUUUGCCCGCGGCAUUGAAGAUAACCUGAAAGAAGGUAACGCGACCGCCACCAACGAGCACGAGAAGCGCCGCUGGGAUGAUGCUCUCGGUGUCGAGGACGAGGUCAGAGACUUCAUCUUUGAUCUCCAGCGAUCUAGCCGUGCCGCGCGUGUCCGGGCCCAAGACAAGCGUACUACUUCUAGAUCACCCGCCGCGGCUGCCCGCGCUGAGCCUGCACCGUCAGCUCGCCACGACAGCCCCGCUCCUCCCUCGCGUACUGCCACUCCCUCGAGCGCCGGUGGAGGCUCGUACUCAUCCUACAAGACCCCCGAAGAGCGUGCGGCCUUCAUCAAGCAACAGGCUGAGCAGCGCAUGGCUGAGAGACUUGCCGCUUUGGGCAUUAAGGCUCCCAGUAAGCCUGGUGAGACGGCUGCCCAGAGAAUGGAGCGUGAAAGAGCCGAACGUGCUGCUAAGCUGCGCCAGGCCGAGGAGGAGGAUGAGCGCCGCGAAGCUGAGCGCCAGGCACGCCUUGCGGAAGAAACGGGUGCCCCGGCACCAGCCUCAACCGGCGGCAAGAAACCUCCCCCACCGCCGUCCAGAAAGGGCGCCAAGAACGAUGGUGCCGACGCUGCGCGCAGGGCCGAGGAGGAGCAAGCUGCUAAGCAUGCUGAGGAGGAGCGUCUCGCGAGGGAACAUGAAGAGCAGCAGCGUGCCACCCAGGAGAUGGAGGCCAACGCUAGAGAGGCAGAGAAUGACGUCGAGAAGGAGCGUUCCGCUACCGAGGCUCGCCUCAAGGCUCUUGAGGAGCAGGUUAAGGCCGGCAAGCUUAAGAAGGAAGAGGAGAAGCGCAAGAAGAAGGCUGCGAUGGCCGAGGCCAAGGAGAAGGAGUCUAAGCUUGCUGCUCAAAGAGCCGAGAUCGAAGCUGCUCGUCAGCGCGAGCUGGAGCUCCAGCGCCAGCUCGAGGCAUUGAACGACGAUGACAGCUCUUCUGAUGAUGAGGAUGGUCCGUCUCAGAUCACCCCCCAGGCGUCGACCCCUACUCAGGGUGGCAGCCAGAUCAGCAGCCAAGAGCUGGAGAAGGAGUCGUCGCCGCCGUCCGUGCCGACUGUGGUCACCAGCCCGCCUACCGAGAACGAGAGCCGCAACCCGUACUUCCGCAUGCUCUCUCACUCUUCUGAGUCGACAUCAGGCCCCAGUGAGCAGGCAGCCCCAGCUGCCGCUCCCCCGGCGCCGCCUCAGCCCGAGGUAUCGACCAACCCCUUCCACCGCAUGACCCAGGAGAGCAAGGCUGCGCCGGCAGCUCCCGCUCCCGCACCUCCCUCCGGGCCCUUUUCCCGCAAGCGUCCUGAUGAUGACGACGACGGUUGGGGCACGGACAAGGACGACGACGAAGAUUCCGACGACGAUGAUCGCCCGGGCGGCAGUAGCGCAGCGGCACUGGCUUCCAUUCUCUUCGGUACCAUGGGACCUCCCCGACCUUUGUCGGCUACCGGUGACAAGCCGUUGUCCAACCCCGUCAGCCCGGCGAUUGGUAGCGGCCCCACGUCUCCCCCGCCUCCUCCCCCUGUGCCUAGUUCUGGCGCUCCUCCUGCUCCUCCUCCUCCACCUCCGGCCUCGGCCCCCGAGGCCCCGUCGGCGCCGCCGCCGCCACCCAUGCCUUCCAUGGACGCACCGGGCGCCCCUCCUCCUCCCCCGCCUCCGCCAGGCAUGGGAGCCCCGCCACCACCCCCUCCCCCUCCUCCUGCGGGCGAUGCCCCCUCUGGCCCCCCGGCAGGUGGCGGCGGUCGCCCGUCCGGUUUCCUGAGCGAGAUCCAGAUGGGCAGGUCUCUUAAGAAGACGGAAACGCGGGACAAGAGCGGUGCCGCGACUGCAGGCCGCGUAUUGGAUUAA